AUGCCUCGCAAGAAGAAACCCUCGACGACUGCGAACACCGACGAGAAGAAGAAGACGGUCGUGCACACGAAGAGGAGAGAGAUACUGGACGAUGAGGGAUGGACACAUGUUGUUGACGCCCCGAACAGGAAGGGGAAGACCGAAGGGCUAAAGACAACAGCGCUGCUUCAAGGCGGAGACUUCGUUCUCAAUGGUGUCAGCUACAUCGCUCGCACACACGAAGAAUUGAAGCAGGAGUUCGAACACUGGAAGAAACAGUGGGAGGCAAGCCCUGCGUGCUUGGAGAUCAAGGCUUUACUCGGGGAGGGACAGGAGAGGAGGAAGAUUGGCAACGUCGUCUUCCUCGGCAUGGGCAGUCUGCAGAACUCGAGAAGGGAAGGAAGACGUGCUAGUGCUACGCAGCUUGCUGCUUUGCAGACAAUUAUCAGUGUACUUGGAAAGGGGUUGGAGGUUGUGUUGCAGGAUCCGCAGUUCACGGGUUUGGACAACGAGUUUCUCGGUAGCUUGGGCUAUAAAGUGGUGCAGGAUCCGGAGGCUUUCAAGGGGGUGAAGGCGGGGACGCUGGUAUAUGCUAUUCAUUGCUACGUCGAUGUCUACAAAGCGAUCAGCGCGGGUCCCCGGCCUGCGGUGUUGAUUGGCACAGACGUUGGGAACUUUGGAAGGUUCGAGUCGUGA